AUGGAUAGAACUAAAAUAAAAUUUGCUAGAGCUAUUUUUUUCAAAGAAUUAACGGAAUCGGAAGACGAUAUAGAAAAAGCAGACGAUCCCGAACAAGAUGGUAACAUAUAUCACAAUAAAACAUUGUACAAAACGAAAGCCAUUACGGAAGACGAUGUUCAAAACACGGAAAAAUUAGAUAAAAAUUUAAACAAAUCCGACGGUGAUGAUAAUGACGUGGAUAACGAUUGCAUCGUACAAUGUCUUUAUUACACUAUACAGUGUUGCGAGUGUAUUAUUUCUUGA